CCAUGAAUGUAGCAUCGUUGCCUAGCAAAACAUUUCUGAAGGGGACAUGACAUUGUGUGCUAGCUUUCAUAGGGAACUUGUGCUAGCUUAGCCUGUGUGAGCUUGUGUUACUGGUCUGCUAACAACAUGCGAGACCUUUUUAGCCUGUGUCAAUGGUCUGCUAACAACAUGUCAGACCUUUUGCCUGUGUCAAUGGUCUGCUAACAACAUGUCAGACCUUUAGCCUGUGUCAAUGGUCUGCUAACAACAUGUGAGACCUUUAGCCUGUGUCACUGGUCUGCUAACAACAUGUGAGACCUUUAGCCUGUGUCACUGGUCUGCUAACAACAUGCGAGACCUUAAGCUGUCACUGGUCUGCUAACAACAUGCGAGACCUUUAGCCUGUGUCACUGGUCUGCUAGCAACAUGCGAGACCUUUAGCCUGUGUCACUGGUCUGCUAACAACAUGUGAGACCUUUAGCCUGUGUCACUGGUCUGCUAACAACAUGUAAGACCUGUCACCUUACAGUCAGCUGUUUCUGGAGAUCCCCUGUCACUCCCACUGCACUGGGGGAACAUCCACAACUAUCGCAGUGCACAGAUAUCUCCUCCUUUGGUGAUCAAUCAAGUGGAUGAACAGGUCUCCAAGUCCAGUCCGAUUGAUGCGUUGCCAGUAGUAGUAUCCAACAAGAACCACGCACUCCUCUCCUAGGUGGUCUGGCUGCUUUGUGUGGUGGUGAUGUUCCAUUGCUAAUUGAGGUAGCCUGUGCUGAAUGGCUGUGUGCAGAGGGGGUACGGCCUUCUGGGUGGGUUGUGUCAGGAGCAAUGGCCCCCGACAGCCCAUCACGAGUCGGCAGUGCAGCCUCCCACAGGCGGUGGUGUGGCAGUGGGCUGGACAGACCCGACCCCUGAACAGCGCAUCGCGGGCCCUCUCUCCCCCACACGCUCUGAGGUACCAGGCCGUCAAGCAGCCCCUCCUUCCCAACCCACUCCUCCCGGCCGGCCACCUCCACAAGACGAGCCGCCUGGAGGAGGAGUGGGAGGACUCGCUCAGCGUGUGUGUCCUGGUGCGAGCGCGGGAGCCCGGCGGCCCGCCCACCCUGGUGGAGAUCCCCCUGUUCGGACGGGCGAGGCUGGGGGAGCUGCUCGCGGCAGGCGCCCCGAGGCCCAAGGAGCCCCCCUUCACGCUGACCACGGUGGACGGCCGCCGUGAGGAUGACAUUAGCCUGGUGGCGAGGGCGGGGCGCGCGGCCGGCGGCAAGGACGCGGCCGGCGUCCCCGAGCGCGAGCACAGCACCUUCCGGAACCUCUUCCGGGUGGAGAAGUGCCCGGCGCCCUUCGUGCACGGGUCCGUGUUCUACUGCUUCCACUGCCCGGGGACGGACCCGGCGGCGGUGGCCAGCUCGGCCGCGCCCGCCGGGCUGAAACGCAGGCGGGCGGUCGGACUGGGGGGGCGGCCCCUGGAGCACCCUCUGUCGCUGUCCAGCUUCCUGGGUGACCAGGUGGAGGGAGCCCAGGGGCAGGCGGAUGGGGAGCGGGGCGACGAGGAGGAGGAGGAGAAGAUGGCCUUGAUGUAUGAAAGACUUAGAAUAGAGCUUCCAAACUUCUUCCGGAAGAGCCAUGACUACACCAUGUAUUCCAGCGACCUAGAGUUUGUUAACGGACUUACCAACACCCACACCAGAGGGCGCCUGCUGUACCAGCUGGUCCUCUCCCUGUGGCGGGUGCUCUGCCUGUUCUACUACGCAGAGGCCCGGCUGGAGGUGCUGAAGCUGACCAAGCACAUGGAGGACGGCACCAUCAAGGCGCGCUGGAGGGUCCACGGACUGCCCUUCCACAGCGUGUGUCUCCGCUUCUACCGGAAGGACAUGUCCCAGCUAUACAGGUCAUAUGAUGCAUUCUCCACUUUCUACAUUGGGCACGACGGACUCAUCCGCUGUCACAAGGUUGAAAAGGUGAUGGAGGCGCGGCCCCCACUGCUGCCCAAGCUCGGCACUCUGCUUGCGGGGGCCCUGGUGGCCCUGGGAGUGCAGGAGCACCGGCCCGCCCUCAACCUGCUGCCGCUCUUCUUCCUGUCCCGACGGCAGGGGCGGGACUGACCCCCGGAGGAGGGGAGGAGCGGGCGGCCAUGGUGGAGAGCCAGGUGCCUGAUGUAGACCCCCUGGGGGAGAGGACCUCCUCCAGGUCCCUGAUGUAGACCCCCUGGGGGAGAGGACCUCCUCCAGGACCCUCGCUCAGCAGCAUGGACGUGGCACUACGUGAUUCCAGAGAUUACCGCUUUAUUUGCUGCAUACUCAAUGAGGUUUUUGGUGAAACAUGCUUGAUAGUAAUGGAGAAAUGACCAUUAUUUCACUGUAUUUAAACUUUCACACAAACCAGUUCUCCUGGUAGUUAGUGCUUCAAAGCAUGCCAUAUUUCCAUAGCAAUACGUCGGUAAAUAUGCUGUUAGGUCUACAGCAAGUCCAUCCAUGUUCUAAGAGUAAUGUUAGCCAAGGCAUUGAGACCUAUGUUAAUCCUGGUUGUGUGAAUAAAAUAAGUGUUUAACUAUGA